AUGCAGUUCAAGGCUAUUUUGACCUUUCUCGCCCUUGCGCCAUUGGCGCUGGCUCUGCCUGCCGACGCCCCGGCUGCUAACGAAGGCUCUCUCGUUGUGAAGGCCUCCGAAGACAUUGAGCUUCCUGCCGAUCUCCCUGAAGAUUGGGAGAAGGCUCUGGAAGCCUACUUUAAAGAACUGCGGCUAAUUAAUUUGACAGAUACCAGUCUCGAUAGCAGAGACCUUGACAAGCGCAGCGACGUUCCGUUCCUGCACUGUGGCUGGAGGCGAUUCUUCAGCUGCCUCGGCUCUUUGACUCCUGGUGGUGUUACCUGCAUGUGGGCAAUUGCUGCCCGGGGCUUGGAUGUGAAGGAAGAUUCCAAGUGCAGUGCUGCCAUCGUUGCCAGCAUUCUUUCGGCUUCCAACAACUGCAAGUUGUGUGUCAAGGGCCACCUUUAA